AGACCGUAUGUAUUGCUGUAGUUAAUGGUGGUGGUGGUGACUUUGCUGCUUGCUAGUUUUCUAAGGUUUGGUAAUCACUUCGGCGAUGGUGCACGGCGGAUAUGCCAAGCGGAGGGUUGCGGAGCGUAAUACGACGACGGCAGGAAAUAGUCGGAGGUCAAAGGGAUUACGUGUUGAGAAGAAACCCAAGAAUUCGUCUCUCAAAAAUCAAAUUCGUUCCAUCGGCCGUAUGAUUCGUAAAGAUCUUCCUCCUGAAGUAAGAGAGUCUCUAAAUAAAAAGUUGGAUGAUCUGAAGAAGCAGCAUGAUGUACAUAGCCGUCUUGCUGUUGAACGCAAUAUCUUCCUAAGAAACAGAAAGAUCAGAUUCUUUGAGCGGAGGAAGAUUGAAAGGAGCGUAAGACGUCUUGAGAAGCUACAACGGAAUGUUCAUGUGCAAGAUGCAGAUAUUGGUGGGCAACUCAAUAAACUCAAAGAAGAUCUUGAAUAUGUUAGGUUCUUCCCCAAGAAUGAGAAGUAUGUACCGCUCUUUAGUGGAGGUGAUGAUUUACAAGUAUCUGAUCGGAGAAGUAAAUUGCGGAAGCAAAUCAAAGCCAAUAUAAUUGUUGCUGCUGCCACUGGGAAAGAGUUGGAAGAGACAGGGAGCGAAGAUGAUGCACUUUUGGACCUCAGUGAUGAUGACUUCUUUGUCAACGGAAGCUCAAGUGACGAAGCAGAUGCGGACGAUGAGUGGACUGAUAAAAGCACAAAGGAGCCGGUUUCUGAUGCUUUUGGCAGAGCAACAUCAAGCAUGUCCAGUGAUGAAAGAAAUCAGCCGUACACUACUAGGGUUGUAAUGCCACCACAACUUUCAAGAUUUGCAUCAACAUCUUGUAUGUAUUCAUCUGUGAUGAGGAAUGAGAUUCCUUCCUCCAGCAACACCUCACAUAGAAGAAGCCAGAAUUUACAUGCUGCCACAAGUUUGCAUACAAGUGAGAGUAGCAACUUGAGUUCUAACUCUGAUGCUCACAAAUCUAAGAGGAAGAGAAGACCUAAGAAAAAGAAGCAACAUGCGUGAACGGGUUCUCUGCAGUUCAUCCAUUCGAAGAGCUUCACUCAUGAUUAGGACCCGCCUUGUCUUACACUCUCUGAAAUGCGUAUCUUAAAUCGGUAUAUAUAUAUAAAUAUAUAAAUAUUUCUUUGUGGUCAUGAAGGCAGAGAGAUAGGUUCUACUGUUUUUGGCUCAUGAUAUGAACCCUAAACCUUGGCCUAAACGCUUACCCCUUUGAGAUAAGCACUUUUUUUAAUA